GUGGCAGCCGGUCCGGUGCAAGUUGGGUGGUGGCUCUGCCGCCUUUUGUUAGGCACGAUGAUGGAGGACGAGGGCGGCUGGAGUGUGUCCUUCGCGGGAUGCGGCUUCCUGGGCGUCUACCACAUUGGCGUUGCCACCUGCCUGCAGGAGCGCGCCCCUCGCCUCCUUCGCGACGCCCGGUGCAUUUAUGGGGCCUCGGCGGGGGCGCUGGCCGGUGCUGUCCUCAUCGGAGGCGGCUCUCUGGCGCAAGCGUGUGCAGAUGUUCUGGAUCUAGCUAAAGAAGCCAGGAAACGGAAUCUUGGUCCUCUUCACCCUUCCUUCAAUGUGAUGAAAAUAAUAAGAGAUGGCCUCUACAAAAAUCUCCCUGAAAACUGUUACAAAUUGUUAUCAGGGAAACUUUCAAUUUCACUAACAAGAGUGUCUGAUGGGGAAAACGUAUUAAUAUCCAAUUUUAAUUCUAAAGAAGAAGUUGUGCAGGCCCUGCUUUGUAGCUCAUUCGUACCUAUAUAUUGUGGGCUCAUUCCACCUUCAUUUAGAGGAGUGCGCUAUGUGGAUGGUGGAUUAACUGACAAUUUACCUCACUAUAAUUCGAAGAACACCAUAACCGUUUCUCCUUUCUCUGGGGAAUGUGACAUUCGUCCCAGGGGGAACUCUGCAAACUUCCACCAGAUGAUUCUAACCAAUACAAGCAUUCAGUUUAGCUUAGGAAAUAUGUAUCGUUUAAAACAAGCACUUUUUCCUCCAGAGUCCCAGUUGCUAGCUGAACUCUGUGAACAGGGCUAUUCCGAUGCUCUUAGAUUUUUGAAAAAAAACGGUUUUCUGCAAGAGUCAGUAUUUAUCGAUUUAGUCUUAACCAAGGAGGAAUAUCUAGGAUAUGCACAAAUUUCAGGCUACAGUAAUAAAAAAAUUGCAGCAAAUAAAGAUAAAGAGAUGCCAGAAGAAAAAAUAUUUAUUGAUCAGCUAAGGGCAACAUCUUGGCCAUUGGAUAAGACUAUCUUUGAGAAGCUGCCUCCCAGACUUCAAAAAGCAUUACAAGAGGCUUGUAAAGAAAAAAGUGGACUUUAUGCCCAGCUUUCAAAAUUUCUUCCCAUGCGACUAAUGUCCUAUAUGAUGCUGCCAUACACUUUACCAGUUGAGUCAGCCUUCUUUGUGGUCUUAAGAUUAGUCCAGUGGUUUCCUGACAUCCCUGAGGACGUGCGAUGGAUGCAGGGACAGCUUUCCCAAAUGAUGGGUUCAGUCUAUGGCCGAGCCAUGAAGGGUCUUCUGAAGACCCCAAGCAAAGUAAGUGAAAUCUUGCUUAGAAAAUGCCAGACGGCCCCAGGGGAGUCUUGCCAUCAUCUGUCCUACUCACCUCCUAAAGCAUCUUGCUCUUCCCCCAAUUUUGAAGAAUGGCUCUGGGGUCUCCCCUAUUGCGAAGACUUGGCGAAGGGGAAGGGUGCAGUUGGUCAUUCCGAAAUCUCUAGUUCCAUCGCUUCCUUUUUCAUGGACACUGAAACCUCUGGAGUAUCCACGGAUAUUGACUCUUCUUCCGAGAAAAGCUUUUACUCUGUCCCUGAAGACUAGCUUGGGGGCUGUGGCAUUCAGCCGGGCAAUCUCCAUCUUGGUGACAUGCGUUCUUCUAGCACUUUGCCAAGCCAUCUUUAGGAUACUGCUUCUCAGUCUGAGCAACUUUUAAGGUGCUAAGUUGAAGUGGACUUCAACUGAACCCACUGCACCCAAAUUCUGGGAGUUGAAGUCCACCUGUCUUAAAGAUGCUGAGGUUGGGAUGACUUUGUUUACAACUCACUUGCCCUUGAGGCAUCUUUUCUGGACUUCAAGGCCUCUAGUUUCUCGAUAGUGGAUAAAGAGUUUAAAAGGCCUAAGAGCGGUAGACCGUUUUCGUACCCAAACAAAAAAAAAAUCCAGCAGGAAGACAAUCUACAUCUCCUCGGUUGAUGGCUUUAUAUUGGGAUAAGCAUUUGUAGGACAAUGUUAACUUUUUUGUUAAAAAAAUAAUAAUUUUUACAGUAAGAUCUGUAGCUCUUGUGUGACUUUUUUAAAGGGUUUUUUUCCCCGCACUUGUGUGGAAUUACACAUCUCCUACUUAAAGAGCUAGAGCAUACGGGAACUUCAAGGAGUUCCUUUUUUACUUGACGUAUCUGGCAGAGAAAUCUCAUGCAAAAUGAAGCAAACACUCCCUGCCUUCCACAGGUAGGCAGACUGGGAGCAGAAAGGAACAACGUUUGAUACCCUUAUGUUUUUAAACAGGAAAAACUAUAUUUCAUUAAAAUGUAUUGUUUAUGUUGGUGUUGUUAUAGGGCAGGGGUAGGCAACCUUGGCUCUUUUAUGACUCGUGGACUUCAACUCCCAGAAUUCUCGAGCCAGCCAUGCUGAGGGGAAAGGGAGAGGUUUCCAAGCUGAGCCAUGCUGGCUCAGGAAUUCUGGGAGUUGAAGUCCACGAGUCAUAAAAGAGCCAAGGUUGCCUACCCCUGUUAUAGGGCAUGUUGGAAACAGGGCAUGUUGGAGAAUUUCUGGAUGUCCCAAUUUCUCCUGUUUUUGUUGGACUUUUCCUAAAAUUAAUCUCCAGAGCACUAGUUGGGGUAGAAUGGAUCGCAUAUGACUUCUUCUUUUUAUUUGAAACUCCUUGACUGCCACAAGGAAAACACAAGGAUUUUGUAACCCUUGGGGUGCUCUCCAAAAUCUCAUAAGAACACACUCACAUACACACACUCUUUUACUGCCAGAGAGGCUUCCAUCUGCUAUUCAGGUAUUCCAUCUGAAGACCACACCCUAAGAUGGAAGCCUCCAAAAGUAUAGACUUCAUUUCUCAGAAUUCCCAAGCAGCGUGACCUUUACUGAGAAUUCUGGGAGUUGAAGUCCACCCAUUUAUGAAUACCCUAAUCUGGGCAACUUUAAGAUACGUGGACUGGAGGAUUCUGGCAGUUGACGUCCACACAACUUAAAAUUGUCAGAUUUGAGAAACACUGCUCUAGAGUGCGGUGUCUAAACCAGUAUAUUAUUUUCUAUGUGUAAUGUAGACUUUACAUGUAGAUAUCCUUGAGGCUAAAUUUAAUUCCAAUGAGUAAGAUGAAUCAUAAAAAAUAAUUCAUUGGUGGAAGAGAGAUUCAGGAGUUUUUUUGUUUUUUGUUUUACAUAACUAGUGAGCUUGAGAGCAGAUGUCAUUAGGAAAUAUGUUGUCCAGUUUCCUUAACAGGAGAAAAUAAUAGAGAUCUAUAAUGUAAUUUGGAAUUUGUGGAUCUUAAAAUUUUUCCCCUUGUUCUUCAUUUUAACUUGAUUUAUCUCGGAGGAAGAAAUUCAUAUAUUUUCUCUUUUCUUCCUUUUAAAUUUAAAUUAUAAAUAAAAUCCAUACAUUAUUUAUUCCAGAUUUUAUGAACACACAUAUGAUAACAUGCCAAGUUGUUAUAACUUAAGCCUUAAUUUGCAAUAAUAGUAGGACGUGACAAUAAUAUGACAUCAAUCAGCCAUAUUUCAAAUGAAUUCAAUAACUUCUGUGGAAUACAGUUCUUGACACUUUAUGUCUCAGUAUUUGCUGCUUAUAGUAACAGGAAUUCUUGUACAUAACACAAAUAUUAAAAUUGUGUUUUCGGAAAUCAGACUUUUGCUAUCAGUAGCUUACCAGCUCUGCACUGUGGCACUGCAGUGGGUUAAAGUAUCUCUCAUGGCAAUCCCUUAUUAGAAUAUUUUCUUGUUAGGUAUUAUAAAUUUUCCAAUCAAAGGGUUAGGGUUAGGUUGGAGACUUGUUACAAAUUAAGUGGAGAAUAAUAUUCCCAUAGGAAUCCAACUAGCUGUUUUUAUUUAUUUCAAAUUGUCAACUUUUUACCAGUUUUUCCUAUUUGGCAUUUUAAAGAAAAUCUAAGAAAUGCUGAGUGGAGAGGAAGGGAAUGAAAUGUAGUUAAAACAGUUUUUCACAAUGUUAAAUGUUUUAAUGGCAUGGACACAGACUUAUUUAUAUUCUUUUGAUGCUAUUUUCAGCUAGUGCCAAAGUACUGUUUUGUAUGACAACUGAUCAUACUUAUUUUCCUAAGCCUUCAAUGUAUUUCCAAAAUGAACUGUUUGUAAUGUUUCUGCAAUCAGCAGUGUUUUUAAAGAACAGAAUAAAGAGAUGUUGUGUUUGGUGA